AGCUUUCAGCCAUUUUCUCAUCUUCUUCAUCCAGACCCGGUCCCCCUGUGAGCCCGGAACCGGCUGUCUGUAGACCCGGUUCAGUCCGGACCGACCGGGUCCUGCUCUCUGCGCUGCACGUGAGCCGGUGAUGCGGACCGGCUGUGGACUUAAGACCGACAUCAGACCGUGAAGCAUCAUGGGAGGUGGCAGAUGGACGAGCCGACCGUGGGCCGACGAGAGCCUGUGACACACACACACACACACACACACACACACACACACACACACACACACACACACACAGGAUGGAACAAGGCUUCAGUUUAAAUACGCUGAAGAAGCUGGCAGCAGAACCAGACUACACAGAUGUGUCGCUGACGGCGGCGGAGCGCGUGCGGGCGCUGGGGAAGAUGGGAUGCAACGUGGAGAUCAACGAGGACAUCGCGCCCAGACGCUACUUCCGCUCCGGCGUGGAGAUGGAGCGCAUGGCGGCAGUUUACCUGGAGGAGGGCAGCCUUGAGAACGCCUACGUCCUCUACACCAAGUUCAUCACGCUGUUUGUAGAGAAGCUUCCCGCUCACAGAGACUAUCAGCAGUGCAGCGUUCCAGAGAAAAAACUCAUCAUGAAGAAACUUCAGGAAGUGGCGUUUCCUCGUAAAGACGAGCUGAAGAAACGUCUACAGGAGAAAUACAGCAGGGAACACAGCGAGUACCUCAGAGCUCAGAGCCAGGCGGUGGUAGCGGAUGGGUGUGGCCAGCAGCUGCAGCGGCUCUCCCUAUUGGAUGAGGACAGGAGGCGCUUCCUGCUGCUAGAGGAGGAGCGGCAGCGGGUCGCCGCACUGCGACGAAUGCAGAUCGAAUCUGAACAGUUCCGCUACUUCGAGGACCAGCUGAGGCGCCAGGAAUUGGCCAAUAGGAGAGGAGAGGAGGCGGAGCCAAAGGGGACCAAAGUGCCUGAGGUGACGGACGGCUCCUGUCUGUCUCAGCAGCCAAUCAGAGACAGUCUACGCUCCCAAGGGGCGGAUCCUAACAGGAACAGACCGCCAGCUCCCGUCAGCCAACCAGCUGCCACACUGGCAGGAGUACACACUCAGAGGGUGGAGGGUCUGAGGCGGGUGGUGAUUCCCAGAGAUCUGACAUAUCGGUUCCUCCUGCUGGCUGACUCCAACACGGCGAGAGGGAUCGAGACCUGCGGAGUCCUCUGUGGACGCCUGACGCACAACGAGUUCCUGCUGACUCACGUCGUGAUCCCCAAACAGUCGGCUGGUCCAGAUUUCUGUGACAUGGAGAACGUGGAGGAACUGUUCAGUUUCCAGGACCAACAGAACCUGCUGACAUUGGGCUGGAUCCAUACUCAUCCCACUCAGACGGCCUUCCUCUCCAGUGUCGACCUCCACACUCACUGCUCCUAUCAGCUGAUGCUGCCGGAGGCCAUCGCCAUCGUCUGCGCUCCCAAACACAACGACACUGGUGUGUUCAGGUUGACCGGUCCAGGGAUGUCGGAGGUUUCUGGCUGCAGACUGAAAGGUUUCCAUCCUCACUCCAAAGAGCCUCCUCUCUUCAGCGUGUGUAAACACGUGUUGGUGAGGGACUCAAAGAUCAGCCUGUUGGACCUCAGGUGACAGACAGGAGGCGCUGUCUGUCUGUCUGUCUGUCUGUCUUUUUACUGCUACAGUCUGUGAACUGUGUGUGUGUGGGAUCAGUGGUAUAAUGUGUGUAGCUGUAUAUAACUGAUAUAAAUCUAUUUUUGCUGUUUGUGGAUCAGUUUCUCUGCAGUGGACGACGUUUAAUGAAGAAUGUGUGUUUGAGUGACAGAGUGCCUUCUGUAUGUGUGUGUGUGUGUGUGUGUGUGUGUGCUCUGUCAGCCAAUCAGAUCUUACAUAAAGCAGUGACGUCAGCGUUGUGUCACACUGAGCCAAUCAGCAGCUGCUACAGGAACAAACAUUCAGCGCCAACGUUCGUUAGAGCUGCAGAGACAAUGAAAAGGUUUUACUUCCUUAAAACAGCCAUUUUUUGAAUGGAGUUUGGUGUGACAGUGUGGAGCAGAGGGGAUUUGAACCUUAAUUCCCAUAAACUGAGCUGACCUACCUUCUAAUAAUGAACCUUGUAAACAGCAGAAAGUAACAGGAAGUGGAGAUAAACCCUCCUGGUUUCUUCUUCUGUGGUCUCGUAGUAAAAGGUUGAUUAAUGAACUCAAACAUUAGUUUACAGUCACAUUGGACACAAACAGAGACAGAGGAGUCAGUAAGGAGUCAGUAAGGAGUCAGUAAGGUGGCUGUAUCUCGUCAAUAACUGUUAAUGUAUUUAUUAUUAAUCACAAUGCUGCUGGCUGUAGGAUUUUAUUAUUUGCUAUUAAAGAUCAGAAUCUACAUUUAAUGACUGCUCUCAUCGAUACCAGACAAACAAAAAGGAGCCUACAGGAAGUCAGCCAUUUUGAAUUUAGUGGUUGUUUUUGCACACGUUGUAUUUUAAGGAACUCCUGGAGAAUUGAUCGGAUCGAUCUCAGUUCGAUCUAAAGAGCGUCAGAAUUAAAGGCUGUGUGCGUCAGACUGAACACAUCUAAUGGCUCCCACAGUUUCUGCACCAGCAGGUGUGUUCAGGUGUGUGUGUGUGUGUUCAGGUGUGUGUGUGUUCAGGUUUGUGUGUGUGUGUUCAGGUGUGUGUGUUCAGGUGUGUGUGUGUGUGAGUGUGAACUGCUGUUUUUAAACCGACUGCCAUUUUGUUUUUUGGUAAUAAAACACCAGCUGCUGCUCUGA